AUGCUUGAUUUCACUAUUUCGAAAAGCGAAGAAGACCAAACUCUAAUUAGUUUUCUCAAAAAAAGGUUUAAAACUACCUCUUUAAGUCUACUUUAUAAAUUAUUUCGCACUAAAAAAAUAAAGGUCAAUGGUGAAAAUAUCCGUUAUUAUCACUAUCGCUUAAAGACUGGAGAAAAAAUUGAAAUUUAUGACAAUUAUCUAAAACAGUCCAAUUUGGUUAUUUAUCCACCUUCCCAAUCUAAAAUAUAUUUUGAAAUCAUUUAUGAGGACCAAAAUAUUUUAAUUUCCCUAAAAGAGCAUGGGGUAACUAUGCCGAGUUUGGAUAAUGCUGUAAGAUAUUACCUAUCAAAAAAAGACCCUAUUGAUUAUCAACAGAAAAUUCAGCAAUUUUUCAUUUUAACUGCUGUUCAUCGGCUUGACAGAUUAACUAAAGGAUUGGUUAUUUAUCCUAAAAAUCCCCAAGCCAAGAAAGUCUUACAUAAAGCAAUUAGUGACAAAAGCAAAGUUACUAAAAAAUAUUUAGCGGUUUGCGAGAAUAAUCCCCUCCCUCAAGUUUUACCUAAUUAUGUUAGCGGCUAUUUGUGA